UAAUGUGGAACUAUUUUCUAUGCGCGAUUAAAAAUCAAUGCGCUAACUAUAAAUAGUGUAACUUCCGUUAAUUGUGUCACUCACAAAAUAUGAAAGGAAUACAAAUGCUUCGUGAUUAAUGCCCUCCGCUGAAUAAUUUCGACAAGUGUUGCUUUAUUUUAUGCAAACAGUUUACUUUCUCUAAUUGGAUUUAUAUUUUUUACAGAAAUGGAUGUAUUAUGUUCCACACUAUGCUCCGAUCUUGAUUUUUCGUCUACUUUGUUCGCCGAUGAUUUUAAACGUUGCAGCUGUACUGAAAAUGAUGGUUCCCAAUAUUUCAUGACAAAGGUAAAUUACACUGAUAAAUACUGGAAUAAACUCGAUAGAUAUUGGCUUCAAUAUUCCUUUCCACCCUGUCACAAACUCUACAAAAACAAUUCUGCUACAUUUGUUGACCAUCACCAACACCGCAUUCAAAACAAUUUCUGAAAAAACAAACAGCUAAUCGCAUUUGACUAUUAUAUAUAUACUUGGAUUUCGCAUCACAAUGGCACCACCUGCUUUAAUAAAUCCAUUUAGUUCUCACGAAGCAUGUGAUGAGAUGGCGAGUCCAAAAGUGUGCCACUUAACGACACCAAGGGAAGACGGCUUUACUUACGGCGCUCCAAAAUCGUCGAACGGCGAUUCUCUGAUAGACUUUAUUGCCAAGUUAAGUGUCGUGCAUUUACAAAGACAUAUGCUGUUUAUGCAGCUGAACUGUGGCGACUGUACUCACAGUAACAUAAGCCGUAUAUUAAAUACAAAAAAUAUUGAAAUGAACCGACAGCAUGCAAAAAACGCGGUCGGUUCUAUUCCCGACACCAUCGCGUUGACCCCUGUAAGUGAUGAUGCUGAUACCCCAUUCGACUUAGCUAUUGAAUACGAUAGUCUUAUUAGCGAAUCUAACUCCUUAGAAAACCCUUCAGAUGAAGAAGAAGCAUACUCCCCAAAAAGCGAGUACGACUUGUUAUUCAGUCCGAGCAGCAAGAGUUCAAUGAACUCCACUACUUUAGACUCUUUUACUGAUCUGCACAGCUCUGCUCAUGAUGGGCAGGAUAGCGAUGAUGAUGGACAUUUUUCUUUUGAGGAUGCUAGUGGUGACGAAAAUUGGGAUUUUAAUUCAGACACAAAUUGUAACGAUUUACCAUGUACCAAAGACGUCCCAUUUUGGAAAACCGUUUUUCAGUUAGUGGAAAGCGAUGAUGAGUGUGAUAGUGAUGACUAUGAUGAAGAUUACGAUGAUGAUAUCUUGUUUUCUAAUACCCCUUGCUUUUCUUUCAAUGAACUGUUUGAAAAUACUCAAAAUACAAAAACUGAAAAUACAGACUCCAUUCCCAGUAUCAUAGGAAAAGCCAACGACAGAUGGAAUAAAAUCUAUACGGACACGAACGUACACCAUAAAACUUCUAAGGUUCGUUUUGCUGCUGAUGAGAAGUUAGAAACCAAGCAUUUUAUGCUUGUAUGGAGUUUUGCCUACCAAGCUGCCCGUAAAGGUGAAUGGGUACAAAUUCAUAUUGAUUCAGAGAGGUUUCGAUGUCGGAUAGAAAACACUGAGCAAGUGUUGAAACCAAUUUUGGAUCCUUCUCACAGACUGAAGAUCUUGGCUCUUCGAAAGAAAUAUGAACAUUACUAAAUGCAUCUAGUAAAGAAUUUGCCUAACUGAAGGUUUAUUGUAUUUUCUUUAGGCAAGACUACAUUACAGACUGUUAAAUGCAAUCUUGUCACAUACAGACAACUGUCAAAUGGACAUCAUCUUAAAUGUCGUCAUUGAAGCAUUCUGUGAUACAAAAUGAAAUAUUUUUGUAAUUAAACUAAAAAGAAAAAUUUCAUAUGAUGGUCUUUUGGAACUUUGUAGAUCAUAUAAGCUUUGAAGUAAUAUUUGAAUUACUAUUAACUCAACAUUGUGGUUGGUGUUGGAAGUGAUGGUAUGUCUUUAAUGAUAUAUCAUCUCUCAAUACAUAUAUGUAGCAAGCAACAGUUAAUGUAUCUGGCCUUAGUUAUUUAUUAUUUAUUACAUCUGGCUGACUCAGAUUUUGAAUUGCUUUGGCAACCAGUCUCUGAUUAAAGAUGACUGUCUGACUCUAAAUGGUGGUGUUUUCUUUUGUAUACCAUCGUCUAAGUAAAUUCUAAAAUUAUGACUUGGUACAUUGUUGUAACCUUUUAGGUAUAAUGUUUUAUGUGGUUGUACCUGACCAGCUAUAAAUAAUUACUGCUGUACAUAAAGUAAACCACAGUGAAAGGGGAGGUAAUAACAGAUUAUUUAACAUCUUCUAUGAAGAUAACUUAAAUAAAAUAUAUAGCAUUCUAUUACAAAAUCUUUGCUUUUUAUGUAACAUUUUUAAUAGGAUUAAGUUUUAAGGCAAUUUUAAAUUGUAGAUUUUAAAUAGCUAAUGCUGAUCAGUUAAAUCUUAGAUUUUAUGUAUGUAUGUGUGUGUGUGUGUGUAUAUAUAUAUAUAUAUAUAUACACACACAAUAAUCAGCUUCUUUCUUUAUAAUUCCUAACUUGGGAGUAAUUCAUCUUACAUUGCAUGCAAGUUAUUGAAAGCCUUAAGGGUUGGGUCUGAUUUUACUUCUAGUUAUUAACUGUUUUCAAAUUCAUGUUAUUUUAAUUUCUCAAAUAAAUUUACAAUUUAAAAUUUUA